CGAACGCGAACAGUUCAAUCUAGAGUUUGUGCACCUACUUUUCAAGCUGAUAAGAAUUUAUAUGGCAUUUGAUGCGGACUAAAAUUUCCUCCUAUAGAAAAUGGAAACUAUUUUGGAACCUCCUGACGGGGGCUACGGAUGGGUUAUAGUUUUUGCUAGUGUUUUAAAUAAUUUUAUCAUGGUCCCUCUAAUCCAAAACGUCGUGCUAAUCUUCAAAGACAAAAUGGUCGAAAUCGAUAUGACAAUCACUCAAAUGUGGUUCACUUUGAACGUUCAUACUUGCGUCGGUCAAAUUACAGGUUUAAUAAACAAUAGCCUGUUGCAAAGAUUUGGAUACAGGAAAGUCACUUUGGCCGGCGUGACUCUCGUGUUUUUCGGAUUGAGCAUGAGUUCUUGGAUUCAUAACUAUUUAGGAUUCAUGCUCAAUGUUGGUCUAGUAACAGCAUUCGGUGUAGGCUUAAACAUGUCAUCUUACACUUUAGCAAUCAAAUCGUAUUUUCAUCAAAACAGAAAUAAAGCAUUUGGUCUUUCGAUGACGCUGACAGCUUUGGGACCAAUUCUGAUGCCUCAAAUACUUAAUGUGCUUAUUCAAAACUACCAUCCUGACGGUGUGAUUUUGAUUUUGGCUGGUAUUAUUGCUCACGGGUAUAUUGCUGCUUGCUUACUUCAGCCAGUCAAAAACCAUAAAAUCAAAGUGAUUAGAAAUGAAGAGAUUGUUGAAAAGAAAGUUGAAGAUGAUUUAGAAACUGAAGCUUUAGAUGAAUUGAUAAUGCCAGAGCCUGGGCUUAGGCCCUAUCAACUGUUUCCACCUAAAGAAUUUCUGAGCAACAGGAAAUUCAGGAGGAAAGAUUCUAUUAUUUCGAUUAGUUACGAGCAAGAGCAUGCAGCUAUUAUGGGCAUGGAUUCUACUCUGGGUGGUAGCUUGUACUCUUUGGAGUCUGUUGGACAGCCACGGUCUCCAAUGUCUCCAAAAUAUUUAACGAAAACCACUUGGUGGAAGAGCGAAGACAGUAUUAAUUUGCAAAGUUGUUAUGAUAUUUUUGAUGAUGAGCCUGUAGUUGAGGCUAAAAAGGAAGUAAAAACUAAGAGUGAAAAAGGUUUAGAUGAUAAAUUUCAUUUUGAAGAGCGCAAAAUUAAUAGAGGUUUCAAUAUAAAUAGCUUGCCUUGGUAUAAACGAUGGUUUUAUCAAACGAUUGAACUAUUUGGCUUGGAUAUUUUUUUCGAUCUUAGAUAUGUAAAUAUAAUGAUAGGUAUUUCUCUUGCAAUCAUAUCUGAAAUGAACUUUACCGUCCUACUACCAUUUCUCCUAUUCGAAUACUCCUUAUCCAUAUCGGAAAUAGCAGCAUUUUUGUCAAUUUUAGGUGCUGCUGAUAUUUUAUUUAGGUUUUCGGCACCCCAUAUUGGGGAUUGUUUCAAUCAAUCAUCCAGAAUCAUGAUUAUUCUGGUAUUGGCGGGAGCUAUUAUUUCUAGAUUUGCAUUAAUCUAUAUUAGUCAUUAUCCAACAAUCCUGAUAAUAGCCUUUAUGCUGGGCUGUAUCAAAGGCCUUAGGGUAGUUUACAUGUCUCUAGUUAUACCCAGCUAUGUUCCUAAAGAAAGGCUGGCUUCAGCUUCAGCUAUUCAAAUUAUUUCGAAUAGUUUGUUAACGUUGAUCGGAGGACAUGCGAUCGGUGUAACAAGAACAAAAACAGGAAGUUACAUUUACUGUGUGGUAUUGCUGAAUUGUCUCACAGCGGCCACCAUAGUAAUGUGGUCCGUGGACAUUUUGUGCAAAAAAUUAUACAGGAAAAAAAGACUGGAAAGUAACGUUAGUAAUGUCGUAGACGCAAACGAAAUGUAUUAAUAGAUAAAAAUAAAAC